AUGGCGCAAGUCACGAAAGCCGAAGCUACAGUGGCAAACCGACUGAACUCUCCUCUCCUCCGUCUACCAGCAGAGCUACGAAACCUCAUCUACCACUACGCGCUCGGCAACAGCACCGUUAUCCUAGCCGCGCACCAUGACAGGCUCUGCACCUACCAACACGACACGCCCGCUUUUCCCCUCUUGGCCGUUUGCACGCAGAUCCACGCCGAAGCAGCCCUUUUUCUCUACAGCCUCAACACGUUCGACAUCGCUAGCGACUACACCCUACGUGUUUUCCUAGCAACUAUGCCUAUGAAGUACGUACAAGCUAUCAAAACGCUAGACAUCGGUACCUGGGUCGUCGCGGAUAAAGAGACGAUUUGCGCCGCGAAUCUGCAGCGAUUUACGGGGCUAGAAAAGAAACAAUAA